UCUCACUUCGGUCAUACAAAAAUAAAGCCGCAUUUUUGCGUAAAAUACGGAAGAUGACUAUCGUGGCUUGUAGUUGAUUUUAAAAGAUUAUUGUAAAAUUAGGCGCUAUUUGUGCUUUUAUUUGUAAAUCAUGCGAAUAAACGAAAUACUUAGGUAGCCUAUAGCACGAUAUAAGAAAGAGAAGCUCUUCUAUCCAUUCCCUGUGUUGUGACGGCCGCUCGUUCUGUCUUUCGUUACUGAAUAGUGGGAUUUGUAUCCAGAUGGACUGAGUGAUCUAAUAAAGUAGGACCAAAGUGUGUAAAGACGACGGCCACUUGCCUGCGAGACACUGCGAUGGCACACAGGCCCAGUCGGCGACACACGCUGGAAUUCAGUGGCCACCCAGACGCGGACCUGGACUCGGGAGUUGAGGAGGAUGAUGGUGACGAGGGUGGUGGUCACCAUGAAACCCUACCCAAGGCUUGGAGUCAGAAGGAAGACUCCACCAUCUUCAUCGCCUUCAAGGGGAACAUGGACGAUGAGGACUUCCAGGAAAAACUGGAUGGCAUCCUACACAGCAUGCCAGGCCUCCUGCAACUGGGCCUGGAGAGACUGCAGCCUCGACACGUAGAGCCCUGGAACAGCGUCCGUAUCACAUUCAACAUCCCGCGCGACGCCGCUGACCGCCUGCGCCUCCUGGCACAGAACAACCACCAACAGCUACGCGACCUGGGCAUCCUGUCUGUGCAGAUAGAGGGGGAGGGCGCUAUAAACGUUGCAGUGAACAGAGGUCAGGAGGUGCGGCCCAAUGGCCCAGUUGGGGCUGGCGGUCAGAUGCGAAUGGAGGCUGGUUUUCCCAUGCAACAGGGUCCUGGAGGCAUACGAAUGAACAACCCCGCCAUGAUGAUGGGUGCUUCUGGCCCAGGUAUGCCUCCCCAAGGCAUGGUACCUGGGGUUAGUGGUCAGAUGCAGACCAGACCCCCUCGAGCCCCUUCCCACGCAGAUUCCAUGGACCCAAUGCUGUCAGGUCUCCAGCAGCACCAGCAGCCUCCAGUGCCAACCCAGCAGACGGCCCACGGCCCGGUGACCAUGCCUCCCCAGGGCCACCCCAUGCAGGCUGCCCGUCAGCUGAACCCCACGGCCCUGCAGCAGCAGCAGCACCACCAGGCCCAGCUGGCAGCUUCCCAUGCUCCUUUUCAUGCCUCCAGCCAAACUGCUGUCCCCACUGGCUGGAACCAGCUCCCAUCAGGCAUCCUGCAGGCUCCGCCCACCCAAGGACAUGCCUGGCGUAAAGGCCCCAUGGGAGGGGUGACGCGCCCGUCCUUGCCGCAGAUGCCCAGCCACCCGCCACCACCAUACCCCUUUGGGAGCCAGCAAGCCGUCCAGGCCUUUGGCCCACCAGGGCAGCAGCAGGCCCAGCCGCCGGGCCAGUUUGCAGCUCCCCAGCCUAAGCCCCCACCAGGAGGGACCCCGGGCAUGGCUGUGCCAAGAGGCCCACCGCCGUCCCCUUUGCCGCCCUCCUCUGCCCCACAGGUCCACCUCGCAGGCCGGUCCCCGGGGUCCUCGCCCUCGCCAUUCCAGCACGGCUCCCCUGGAACCCCUCCGACCCCGGGCCAGAACCAGGCCCAGAUGGGCCCACGCCCACCCACCCCGCAGGGCGGCUUCCCUCAAGCGGUUGGCUCUCCUGGCAGAGCUGCACUGGGGCAGCAAGGCAAGAUGCAGCCUGGUUUUAUGGGCAUGACUCAGCAGGGUGCCCAGCCCGGCAUGGGAGGCAUGCCGAAACGGAUGCCAGGGAGCUUCCCAAAUGCGCAAGGUGCUCAGAACUUCAUCCAGGGACAGCCGACGGCUGGUGUGACAGGCACGCCUGUGCCCAGCAGCAGCCCGCAGGUGCAAGGGAGCCACAGCAUGCCGCACGUGGGAACACAGAUGACUUCGCCAGCUGUGAGCCACAUGCAGGCAGGUCCCCAGGGCAAUAUGAUGGCUCUCCAGCCCCCACAGGUCACCCAGGCUCAGGGCAUGGGCAUGCAACAUCAGCCUAUCUCCUCCACCUCCUCCUCUGCAGCCUCAUCGCUGGGGCAGGUGGUUCAGGGCCAGACUGGAGGAUCGGCAGUGACCCCCAGGCCCCAGCUUGGGGGCCAGGCACAGAUGGUGCUGGGAGCUCAGUCCCCCGGCAUGGGCCCACACAGGGGCAUGACUCCCCCCAGGCAGGUGGCACCGCAGCAGGGCCAGGUGGUCAGUGGCCAGGUAAUCCUGCUGCAGCAGAAUGCGAAUGCCAUGAUGGAGCAGAUCGCAUCUGGGCAGAUGCAGGGAAACAAGCAAAGCUUCGGGGUGAAGGGGCAGCCGGGGGCCAUGCAAGGUCAAAUAAUGCGCGGCCCAGCACCCAACAUGCAGGCCAACCCAGCCAUGUUCCAGGGACAGAUUGUCCAGCAGCAGCCGCAGUCUCAGCAGGUCCCGUCCAAUGGCGGGCCUGCCCAGACCAUGGCCCUGCAUGGGCCGCAGAUGCGACUUCCAGGAGGCCACCAUAUGGUGCAGCAACAGCAGCAGCAGCUUCAUCAGCUACAGCAGCUUCAACAGCUACAGCAGCAAAAACAGCAGCAGCCGCAGCUAAUGACGCCGCAGCAGCCGCAGCACGGGGAUGCCAGUGGCAGUGCAAGUGACAUGCCUCUGCAGCAGAUGGUGCCGGAGAUGCAGGCCCAAGCGCAGCAACCUCCGCCUCCGCCGCCGCCUCCACAGCAGGCCGGCAUAGCUGUGGGCAUGCCCCCCGGCAGCGGCCACUUCCCCGCGACUCACGGGCUGCCCUUCAACCCCCAGUUUGCCGGCCAGAUGGCGAUGGGUGGCCAAUGUGGGCAAGCUGGCGGCUUCCCUGGAAACAAAGAUGUGACGCUCACCAGCCCCCUGCUGGUCAACCUGCUUCAGAGCGAUAUCUCUGCCAGUCAAUUUGGGCCCGGUGGGAAGCAGGCUGGUGCCGCCCCAGCUAAACCCAAGAAGAAGAAACCCCCGCGUAAGAAGAAGGGCAGUACCGUUGGAGGAGCGGCAGGGCAGUCGGCCGAGGAAGCUCCUGGGGGUAUGCCUGAGAUUCGGUCCCAGGGGAUGGAGGAGCUUGAGGGCCAAAGUGGCGGCACUGAGCAGGGGCCCAAUCUGGACCCCGCUGGCCCCAAACACAUGGAAUUUGGAGGCAGGUCUCAAGGAUUUCCCGCGCAACCAGGAGACCAAAGGGCAAUACAGCAACUUCAGUUCAUGCAGCAACAGCAACAGCAACAAAUGCAGCAGCAGCAGCAACAAAUGCAGAGACCAACCCCAGGCCAGGCAGGGAUGAUACCACAAUCCCAGCAACAGCUACAUCUUCACCAGCUUCAGCAGCAGCAGCAACACCACCACCAACAGCAACACCAGCAGCAUCUGCAGCAACACCAACAACUACCGCAGCAGCAAAUGCAACCACACCAACACCAUCAACAACAGCCACCACAAAAUCAGUUACAACAGCAACAACAGAACCAGCUGCAGCAGCAAAAUCAGCUCCAACAACAGCAGCAGCAGAACCAGUUACAACAACUACAGCAGCAGAACCAGCUGCAGCAGAACCAAUUACAACAGCUACAGCAGCAGAACCAACUACAGCAGCUACAGCAGCAGAACCAGCUGCAACAACAGAACCAACUACUACAGCAACAACAGCAGAACCAACUACAACAGCUACAACAGCAGCAGAACCAGAUGCAACAGCAGCAACAAAACCCGAUGCAACAGCUACAGCAACAACAGAAUCAGCUGCAACAGAACCAGAUGCAACAAUUACAGCAGCAGAACCAACUGCAACAGCAACAGAACCAACUACAGCAACUACAGCAGCAGAACCAGCUGCAACAGCAACAGAACCAGCUACAGCAGUUACAGCAGCAACAGCAGAACCAGCUACAGCAGCAACAGCAGAACCAGCUACAGCAGCAACAGCAGAACCAGCUACAGCAGCAACAGAACCAACUGCAACAGUUACAGCAACAGAAUCAGCUGCAACAAUUACAGCAGCAACAACAGAAUCAGCUGCAACAACAGCAGCAAAUGCAGCAGCAGCAGCAUCACUCACAACAACAACAGCAGCAGCAGCUGCAGCAGCAACACCAGCUACAUCAACAGCAGCACCACCACCAACAGCAGCCGCAACAGCAACAGCAGCAACAGAUGAUGAUGAUGCUCAUGAUGCAGCAGGAACAGGCUAAGAUGAGGAUGGCACAUCCGCAGCAAGGAAGCCACACGCCCAGGGCUGUGCUUAAUCCAGCUGAAGUGCAAAGGCCGCCCGUAUCACAGCAGGGCAACAUGCCUGCCAUGAUUAACCUGCAGGGCCAUGCUGGAAUCCCGCCAUCCCCAGACAAGCCGCGGGCUGUCCCCAUCAUGAUAAACCCCCAACUGGCCGGACCUGCAAGGAGGAUGCCAGUGCCUGUGACUGAAGUUGGGCAAGGUGGCUUGCCACCAACCUCUGAGGAAAUUCCUACAAUACCUGCCACCCAGAAUCCAUCAGCCCAUGAGUCUGUGCCACCGGCAAACAUUGGGCAGGGUCCGAUACUGAAGUCUGGACCGUCGCCUGUUCCACAGCACCAAGGCUCAGUUCCACAGCAGCAGCAGCAGCAGCAGCAGCCCCAACAGACGGGCUCCAUGCCAGGCUCACAUGGCCUCCAUUUCCCCAGUGCCCCUACUGCUACAACCCAGAGUUCCAGGCCCAAGACUCCAAACCGAGCUAGCCCUAGGCCCUACCACCACUCACUCACAUCCUCAAAUCGCCCUCCCAGCACAGAGCCCUCUGAGAUUAACCUUUCACCAGAGCGGCUCAAUGCUUCCAUUGCUGGUCUUUUCCCUCCACAAAUUAACAUCCCGCUGCCUCCCAGACAGCCUAAUAUGACUCGUGUGUUUGAUCAACAAGGCCUCAAUCCCACUACCCUGAAAGCCAUUGGACAGGCCCCUCCAAGCCUGACCUCGCCUUCUCCCACUAACAAUGGCAACAAUCAGCAGUCGUUCCUGGCCGGGAGUGCCACAGCUACACCUGGAAAGGCAGAAAGGCUGCCACCUACUGGUCCAGCAAAGAGAGCCAGUCCAAGCAACAGUCGCCGAUCCAGCCCGGCUUCGAGCCGGAAGACGACCCCCAGCCCUGUGAGGCAGAGGGGAGCUAAAAUCACCCCGGGCUGCCCCCCACAUUCUCAGGCUGCCAUCACUGUCCAGAGCGUAGGCCCUGCCCCCCAUUCGGUGCUGCACAGCCCCAUAGCGAUGGCCCCAGCAGCUCUGGAGCCACAGAGCUCCUUCCACAAUGUCCAUGCCAAGCUUACAGAUGUGAGCAAGGACAUCCCAGUAACCUCCGCAGAGCAACAGCGAGCGGGAGCUCCACUUCAGAAAGAGCCAUCUGCUUUGGCAGCCAGGAGCCCCGCUGUAGUGGCGGAGCAGAGGGGAAUCGCUACCGAGGAGAUGGCCAGACAAGAUGUCCCUAUGGCUAACCGGACGCAGCCACAUGUAGGUGUGCAGCAGGAGUUGAAGCCAAGCCCAUCCCCUGCACUCCGGGAGGCUCCGACCUCACUGAGCCAGUUGCUGGACAACUCAGGAGUGCUCAACGUGUCCCAGGAUACCAAGCAGGAGGGCCUAUUGGAAGGCGGCCAGGGGUGGAAAGAAGCAGGGGCUCCCUCUGUAGAUAAGGAGAUUCAGAACCCGCCCAGUGGCCCUCAGGCCCACGACACCAGUGGUCCAACUGUCACAUCUGAAGGAGAGUCCAAACCCAACCCCUUCCCUGCUCCUUCUCCCAUUCCCAGGCUCAACACCACUGUCAGUCCCAGUCCAAAUCCAAGUCCCUGUACUGGUUCUAACCCAGACCCCAUGCCGAACGUGUCUCUGGUGUUGCAGAAGCCACAGUCCUCUUUAUCGACGGCAUCAUCAUCGUCUGGUCCCACAAAUAUCACUGUCUACGUGACAUCCAAUGCCGUUAGCUCCCCUGCCAGCACAAUGCCUCAUGUCAGCCCGGCCCUCGUUUCCACCGUGGUCACCAUGCCCAACAAGAACAUUAAGCCUCUGGAAGCUCGUCUGACGACCACUGCUGCCAUGGCCAAUCCCCGUCCUGCAUCCUUCAUCACGACACCCAUGUUAAUCAACCCCGUUUUUCAAGUCCCUGCUUCUACUGGGGCUUCGACCACCAGCAUCCGGCCUCAAGCUGUCACCAUGGUGGGAUCGAUUCAGAUGCCAGCCAGCAUACAGCUCUCGCCGUCCCCUAAUGUCAGGGCCGUGACCCUGCCGUCCUCUGCCGGGAUAGCCAGUGGCCAGCCUGGUCGCCCAGCACCACCACAGAUCCAGAUGCCUUCUGGCCAAGCCACCAAACCCCCCCAGUCAACACGGCAUCCACCCAGCACCCCAAAACAGGAAGGCAGCGCCCCUACUGAGAUGUCUGGGGGGCAGCCUUCUCCGCGACCCGGUGCUGCCACCCUGUCCCCCUUCACUCAGCCCCUGGCGUCACCACCUCCUUGCUCGAGCCCGGCAGUUUCUCCGGUUUCUGCCACUACCUUUCGGAGGACCCCACUGUCACCACCACCGACUGUGUCCACGACCAAAUCCAGCCAGUCACCCACAACCAAGGCUGGUGCGGCUUCCGCAGACGUCACUCAGAAAGCCGAGCCCCACAAGACUCUGGGCCCCAAAAGGGCCCCUGCGGCCCCUGGCUCCGUGCCUUCCCCAGCUCCCCCUGUAGCCAACACCGCCGGGGAAGCACACCAACCGGCCGCUAAACAGCCGAGCCCAGCCGCUCCUCUCCCCUCCCCCGUCCCUGCCCAGGCCUCUCCCUCUACUCCUUGUACUCCUGCUGCUGCACCUCCAGCUCCGACUCCCCCAACUCUGUCGGGUGGUGCUCCGGCCCCAGCCGUCACUCCCCCUGAGCUCCAGACUCCCCUUGUGGUGAUGGAAGCUGGCCAGCCAGCCUCGGCUGCACAGGCGCCGGAAGCCACCCGCAACCCAGGAGAGCAGCCUGGGAGCCAAGUACCGGCUCAACUGGACACACCUGUGACAGAGCAGCCUCCCAUCGGUGCUGCAGGAGAUGAGACGGCGUCAGUGACUGAACAGGGUGUGAAGAAGAGAGAGACGCCCUCCAGCUUUGUGCCAAGGGAUCCGAAGGCUGGCCCAGAGAAGCAGAAGGGACCCGGUCGGCGGAGCUCACGAGUGGAGAAGGAGCUGGAGGAGGGGCCCGCGGCCUCGCAGGAGGUCCCCGAGAACGGGCAGAGGAAGCGGGCAGCCAGGCCGGGCUCCGCCUCCAGCGCGGCCGCUGCUAAAGAUGCCAGUGCUGCCGCAGGUCCGGUGCAGGCCAAACGGCGGAAGUCAAAAUGAACCUCUCUCACCACCCCCCCCCAAGCCCCCCCGGUGCUGGUGACCUGUAGCAUGCAGCUGUCCUUGAAUCUCUCGACUGCCACCCACCCCCUGGCCUGCUUCUUUUAAAGAUGAAGGAACCUUGUACAGAUAUUUGUUUUAAUAACAGUUAAUAUUGAUGUUGUGUCUCUGUGGCAAUGUGUUUUUAAAUUAGAAUGGUUAAAGUUGUACCUUUUAUCUGUGUAGGCUAUUUUCCACUCCAGGUGCUGGAAUAAUGAUGUGUUUAGUGUCCUAAUCAUGAAAAUACUACAGUUCCUGUAUUUUGUUGCAAAAUUAAAUAAAUUUUUUACCACCUCUCUG